AUGAUGCUCACGAUGGUUCAACCAGGCUGUACAGACAUGUACUCAGCCGGAUCUUUCAUCUACUCUGACGAGGAUAUCAACUCACCGACUUCGUCCGAAGACCUCACGGAUGAAUCCUGCCGGAAGAGGAAGAUUCGGGGAGAUGCGACGACGGCACCCGUGGUUCAGCAGAAAGUCAAGAAGACCCGACGACUUCGUGCCAAUGACCGGGAACGCAACCGCAUGCACAUGCUGAACGAUGCGCUCGAUCGUCUGCGGACCGUGCUUCCGGCUGCGACAGACGACAGCAAGUUGACGAAAAUCGAAACGCUGCGAUUCGCCCACAACUAUAUCUUCGCCCUCUCGGAAACUCUGCGGAUGUUCGACGGGAAAACCGAAAACUUCAAUCAGUCGAUCGCAGCCCUUGCACUUCAAGGAUCUCAAACAAAGACAUGCGACCCCGCGUUAAAAGCCACCGUGCGCGAACAAGUGAACCAGUUGCAAGCCGCCUCGAAGCUUUACACCGACGACGUUGUCACGAGUCCAGACUACUCGGCCAGCACGGGAUCACCGGUCAGCCAAUAUCCCGUCAGCGUAGAUUUCAGCGACUCCGGUGCCUACAUGAGCGAAACGAGCCCGGUCAGCUUCGACACACUGUAUUGA